CGUUUGCAGCUGGAGGAAGGCGGCAAUGCUUUCCAGGCCGGCGUACGAGACGGCGACGAGGUGGUGUCCCUGAACGGAAAACCGUGUGCGGGAUUGCCCCUUUGGCAGGCCCGGGCCCUCAUCAACGCGUCAGGAGGCUGCCUCAGGCUACUACUCAAGAGAUCGAGAGGCGACGAGGAACCUUUAAAGCUGAGAGAGCUCUACAUAUCCGAGUCCCAGGAGGAAAUUUCUGAUGAAGAACCGCACAGGGAUCCCGGUGAUACGCCUUUGCUGUCCCUUUCCCAGCAGACCUUGGACAACAUGAGCUGUACCUCUCUGGGCAGCGCGCACGGUAUGGAGGGAGAGCAGCAUACCAUCACCAGCGGCACACAGGAGGCACCUCCGUCCUCCGACCGAAAGCCGCUCAGCCAUCACGGAGUGGUGCAAGGGAAGGAGCCGGCAGCAUCAGCAUCACCAGGGAGGGGCAUCCUGAGCGGCGGGGUGGGAGGCCCCGGGGCGAGCACCGGAUCCCGAGACGUGGGAGGAGGGCCCUGUGAACUUCCCGGCUCUUUUAGUGUCGCUUUCCAAAUCCCCUCAGAUGAGGGAACGCCCGGCGAGGAGCAGGAUACCGAUUCCGAUCAAGAAAAACCCAACAAGCACCGAGCAAGGCACGCCAGGUUCAGGCGCAGCGAGAGUCUCUCCGAGAAGCAGGUGAAGGAGGCCAAGUCCAAAUGUAAGCGGAUCGCCCUUCUCCUUAGUGCCGCGCAGCCCAACCCGAACAACAAGGGCCUGUUGAUGUUCAAGAAACACCGUCAGAGAGCGAAAAAGUACACCUUGGUGAGCUACGGCACGGGAGAGGACAAGCGAGACGACAGCACAGAGGAGGAGGACGACGACAGCACCCAGGGUGGAGUUCAUGUUCUAGAGUUCACGCUCGCUGAUCAAGACCGGUCGGAUUUAGAGACGCAUUUCCUCACGAAUGCCCGCAGUGGCAAAGGCGUACUGACGAUCUGCUUGGAUAAAAGCCUACUUGACGUUGAGCAGAAGCAAAGUCCGAUGGAGUGUUUGCCCGAAACCAAGGGCAAAGGCGCCCUCAUGUUCGCCCAGAGGCGCCAGCGAAUGGACGAGAUUGCGGCCGAGCACGAAGAGCUGCGGCGCCAGGGGAUGCCCGUGGAAGGGGCACAGAAAGUGGAAGCGGCUUACACGCAGCCCGCCGUGGAGAACCACGCGUACAUGGAUGUGAACCAGCAGCAGCAAUACCAGCAAUACCAGCAGCAGCAGCAGCAGUACCAACAACAACAGCAUUACCAACAGUAUCAGCAGCAGUCGUACGAGCAACAGCAAACGUAUCACCAAGGUCAGCACGGCCCCGUGCAACAUCAAAGCCACGAAGCGCAGCGUUCUCUCGGCAAUCGCACCGCAAAGCCCUUUUUGGUUCAGAACAUGGCGGCGACACCGUACUCUCCUGCAAUGACUGGGACUAAUCAAGGCCAAGGAGAGCAGAUCGCCUCCCGUGAUGAGCGCAUUGCCACCCCGGCGAUCAGGUCGGGCCUUCUGGAUUCAAAGAGGAGAAAUGUUGCCAAGCCCAUGUUCACGUUUAAAGAGACACCAAAGAUGUCACCGAAUCCUGAUCUGCUGAACCUACUCAACAUGAGUUCCAAGAAGAUGGGUUUCGAGUCAGGACCCGAGGAAGACUACCUCAGCCUUGGCGCUGAGGCUUGUAAUUUCCUCCAGUCCUCACGGUCGAAACACAAGACCCCUCCGCCGGUGGCCCCAAAGCCUGUGAUAGAUCCCAGCUCUGCCCCCUGGUCUCCACAGAUGGAAGUAACCAACCAGGACAUGCCUCAGCAUGCCGAAAAUAGUGCACCCACACCUGCUGUCGCCCCCACCGCAGUGACCACCCCUUUAAGUGACCAAGAGCCAACCUCUAAUGUGACUGCCCCUGGGCCAACUCCCCCUCAAGCCCAACUGGAAGCCCCUGCCAUUGCCUCCGCAGAGCAACAACAAACAUGGCCUCCUUCAGUGCCAGAAACCCAACAACAGCAAGUAGCCGUGCAAGAGGGAAACGGUUAUGUCAGCUCUUCUCCACAGCCCGAGACCAAUGCUGGAGGAAUUUGGGAUUCUGCACAAGCAGCCCAGCAGCAAUCUACAAUUACCUGUUAUACGAUGCAGAUGCAACCACAGGACGCCUUGAACCCAUCGUCUGCCAGUUCAGCUUACGAGAUGCCGGCCGUCCGAGGGAAAGGAGCUGACAUGUUUGCGAAGAGGCAGUCCCGCAUGGAGAAGUACGUGGUGGACUCGGAGACCGUGCAGGCCCAUAUGGCGAGUCGAUCCACGUCGCCGACUGCCUCCUUGCCAAACGAGUGGAAAUACACCCCUAACGUACGUGCUCCGCCGUCACGGGGUUUCAAUCCCAUCCAGUCCCCCUCUUAUCCGCCGGCCGCGUCGAAGCAGCCCCCUUCUAGCGGCCCUAUGUCCAAAGCCAAGAAAAAAGGCAAACAAGGACCUGCCCCGAAACCACUUGAUGUCGUUGAUGUCAUGAAGCAUCAACCCUACCAACUUAGUGCCUCGCUCUUUACAUACGGGUCUGCAGGAGAAGGUGCGAAGGAGCCUGCUCCGAAGCCCAGCUGUUCACCCCAAAACCAGAAACCUUAUGAGCAAAUGGCCCCAGUUCAGUCACCUGGCUCAUUUAGUGCGCCGUACCCCCAGCAAGCCUACGAUGGCAACUACCAGCCAACCUCUAACGCUUAUACCCCUUCUGAUCCUCACCAGCAAUCACCAGGUGGUGUUUAUUGGCAACCAUAUAACCAACAAACCCCUCAAUUGCCCAGUCCCCAGUACCCGCCCCAACAAGUCCCCUAUCAAGGAGCUGGUAGUCCUCCGUACCUUUCACCCACAACAAUCGCCUUCCAGCAGCCCCUUCCUGCUAGCGUAGCGCCGAGUUUCCCUGUAGUUUCACCGCCUGGCUCUACAACCAGCGGCAACACUGGCGUGGCGCCAAAACCAAAGUUUACGGCCAAAAAAAGCUGCGCUCAGGUGUGGAAGCCCACGGUCGCUGAGAGCGAGUGAUUCUUGCCCAAUAGUCUGUGUGUAUAUUUUAUGUUUAUUGGAAGAGUUCGUAUUUGAAAAGUUAAAGCUCCGUUGUGGUGGUUAAUUAGGAAUGAAGGUGAGUUGAACGAAUAUUAAAUGAGGGAAUACAUUUUUUUCUGGAAGUAGAUGAGAAAAGUUGACGAUGGACAGUGACGUAAGGAUGAUGUCGUGAAUCUCAGGUUGCAAUUCAAUACGAAUGCCACCGUCCAACUCAGAGCUCAAAGGUGAAAAAUAAAUGACCAUUUGAGUCAUGAGUCUAUUUGCCUCGGUCAAGUCAAUUUAUUUUAAGAGGGGUUUUUUUUUUUUGUGUCAGCUGUUGCGUCAUGCUGGCUGUUAUAAAUAAACGGAGAUGCGCGGAUAGCCGGCUUGAAUUUCAACUUGAGCCACUUUGACCCACAUUAAAAUAUAAACUCUAGUAUAUAUUCAAACAAUGCUGUUCCGUGAAUAGAUAAAAGAUGUUCUUCCAUAUUUAUUUUAUGUUUGCUCCUCAGCUGCUAUGUUUUACAUGUUUUGUUCUUCUUUUCCCAUCUUUUUUUCCUCUGUGUUUCCUUCUUGACACAGUGCACUUUCUGUACCAUUCACUGCAGUGCCAUUAAAGCAAACUCCUAUCCUC